UCAAGUCAAGUUAGAGACGGAGUGACAAGCGGCUGUCAACCAACUCUCCGUGUCGGUACCAUUGUUAUCCUAGUUAAAGUGUGAAGGGAGAACAAGUUUAACGGAGGCUUCGUGUAGAGUCCGGUCUGCUGCUUCUCUGCUCAACAUCAAGUCAACCAUGGAGGGAGGAUUACCUUAUCGGACAUCACUUUCGCGAAAGAAGUUCAUGCUUUGGCUUUGCUCUGCUCUGUUUUCCAUAGCUGGAGGCAAAGGUGAGAUCCCCCAUGCCCAUCCCACAAUGAGUGUUUCAGUCCCCCACCUGUUCUACACCUGUCCCGAGGGUGCAACCGUCAAACUGGUGUGUGCCCAGAGAGGUGCUGCCUUGCACCCCACUGAUGUCUUGAAGCGCAGCUGGCGUUUUACGCCCCAUAGUGAUCAGCACUGUUUGGGAAGAGAGGGCCCACGCCAUACUUUCAUCAGUGGUCAUCCCCAUGGCAACCACAGCUUGCUGCCAGGGUUGCAAUUUGGACAUUCAGAGCAGAAUUUCUGGGUGGUUCUGCAGAACGUGACCCACGCUGACCAGGGUCGCUACUGCUGUAUGAUCCUAGACGUCCAAGUGGUAAACAAACAUCCCUCCCUGCUGCAGAAACCCCACAGCCAUAUUGUUCUCCAAGUUACACCACGGAGAAAUGGAUCUCAAGCUUGCACUGUCUGGGAUCCCACACCAUCUGGAGGCACUGUGCCAGUGGCCUUGGCCAUAACAGCCUGCAUCGUGGCUCUGCUCGCUCUGCCUCUCAUUCUGGUGCUUGUGUACAAACAGAGGGAGAGCACCCAGUCGAGCAGACGUGCACAAGAGCUGGUGAGGAUGGACAGUGAGGCCCAUGGCCACGAGAACCCGGUGUUUCUUGCGGGAUCACCACAGAUUAAGACCAGAACUGUUUCUCAGAUCAUGACCAGACAGUCGUCUGAGACAGGACGCCACCUGUUGUCUGAGCCAGGAACCCCUCUUUCUCCUCCUGGACAUGGGGAUGUAUUCUUCCCAAUAGAAGAUACCAUCCCAGAGUCUCCAGACUUCCUGCAGGUUUAAAGGGGGGGGUGGGGUGAAACCUCAUUCGUUGCUCUAACUGCUGACCUGGAAACACUUCUGCAUCUCUCUUCCUCCUCUCUCUGCCUUCAGAGCAAUGUUUCUCUCAUGAGCUAUCUCACAAUAACCUCUGCUGGGAUUGUCAUUGUACAUUGUCUAGACCGCAGGAGGGAAUGGAUUAUUUCCACCUGCAACAACAGCUGGAGGCCAAAAGCAAACUUUUGCUUGUGAGCAGUUGUGUUGUGUUGGCGGCUGGGUUUGUGUGUGAUGCUCCAUCUAAACGCUCUAAACAGCUUGUUUACCAACAGGCGCAUUAGUCUGGUGGGGUUCACUGCUUGAGAUGAACUCAGAGUGCUGAGGGUGGGGUUUUGCUCUGUUGUGCAGGGGUGGCAUGUGAAACCGUUGCUGUGGACUCUGAAGCACCUUGCACAUAUAUAUGUUGUUUGGUACAGUUCAAACAUUCUACUCUUUCUAAUUUGGCAGUUCCUGCACAACCACACAGUGAUAGACCACCCCCACCCUCACCCCCAC